AUCCUCAGCCUAACACAAACCCACACACAAGCGCGCAGAAUUCACAAGAGCUGCAGUGAGGAGAGAGAGGGGGGAGCGGCACUGGAGAGCGGAGAGGGAUAGAGCCUGGAAGGUGGAAGCCAAAAUCCACAGCGUAUAGAGGGAGGCAAGAGGAUCUGGAGCUCCUGGGGAGAAGGAGCAGGAGCUGGGAAAAUCCCAUGGAAACGGUUCGCAGAUGCGCAAGUGGGGCUCCUUGAUCUGUUCUUGAGCGGAGAGUUUUGGUCUUUCGAGCUGCGGAGCUGAAGAAAAUAGAUCCUGGGGAUAUCGAAGUGAAGAGGGGGCUCAAUUUUUCCGGCUCCCUGUUGCUGCAUUGCGGCCUCCUUCCAGAUCCGAGCCGCCGCACGAAGAAAGGUGGGAUCUUUGCUCGCCAUCUCCACAAACCCGCCCAAAAUUUGGGCUUCUUGAGCUGUUCUUGGGAGUCCCGUGCUUCAAAUCUGUUGAAGAAAGUCAAGCUUUUUUAGUUGGGGGGUAGAUGCGGGAGUGAUGUCAACUACUUUAUGAGCUGUCCCCUGCAAUUUUUGUGGGUUAGAUUCGCUAGUUAUGGCGGAUCUUGCCAUGGAGCACUAGCUGUUUCUUUCGGCGAAGGCGAAAGGAACUUGCCGUAAGCUGCAAUGUCUCUCAAGAGCAUUGUGGGGCAGCUAAAGGAGAUGAGGGACGGCAUCGGGAGCAUGUCGAGGCGCGCCGGGGCCUCCGACGGGCGCGCCGGCCAUGGCCGCGCGGGGUCGCGCCAUUCUUGGCCUGGCCUGUGGUCGGAGCAGCCGCAGCCGCAGCGCCAUGGCCACGGCCAGGAGGGGUCGCAGCAGCAGCAUCAGGGGCGGUGGGCGAACCUACCGCCGGAACUGCUGCUGGAUGUGAUACAGAGGGUGGAGGCCAGCGAGGCGACGUGGCCUGCGCGUCGCCAGGUCGUGUUGUGUGCGCACGUUUGCCGUUCGUGGCGCGAGGUCACCAAGGAGGUGGUGAAGACGCUCGAGGAGUGCGGCAGGAUCACCUUUCCCAUAUCCCUCAAACAGCCCGGGCCUCGCGAGCAGCCAGUGCAGUGCUUUGUGAAGAGGGACAGGGCGACAUCCACAUAUCUCCUCUACCUAGGGCUCAGCCCAUCUCUGAAUGUGGAGAACGACAAGCUUUUGCUUGCAGCUCGUAAGGUCAGGCGUGCCACGAGGACUUCUUUUGUGAUCUCAUUGGCGUCUAAUGAUUUCUCUCACUCCAGUAGCACCUAUGUUGGUAAACUGAAGCCAAACUUUCUUGGCACAAAGUUCACAAUCUUUGACAGCCAGCCUCCUUCUGAUGCUGUGGUGCUACCAAACAAUAAACCAAGCAAAAGGCAGUCGAAACAAGUAUCACCAAGACUGCCGCUAGGCAAUUACAAUGUUGCUACAGUCACAUAUGAGCUCACCGUCCUACGCAACCGGGGACCAAGGAGAAUGCAAUGCACCAUGCACUCAAUCCCAGCCCAGUGCAUUCAGGAGGGUGGGAAGUGCCCAACCCCUACUGGCACCAUCCACUCACUUGAUGAGCCGUCCACAUUACCGAGUACCAAAGGAAAGGAACCAGCUGUAGAAUUUUCGUCGACAAGCCUCAGUGCUGAUCUGUCUGGGCCAGCUUGUACGAGCGAAGCGCCUCUAGUUCUGAAGAAUAAAGCCCCUCGUUGGCAUGAGCAGCUUCAGUGCUGGUGCCUCAAUUUCCGGGGGCGCGUCACGGUAGCAUCGGUCAAGAACUUCCAGCUUGUUGCCUCUGUUGAUCCUUCCCUCAACGUCCCCGCGGCGGAGCAGGAGAAGGUGAUCCUCCAGUUCGGGAAGAUAGGGAAGGAUAUAUUCACAAUGGACUACCGGUACCCGCUCUCGGCGUUCCAGGCCUUCGCGAUCUGCCUGACCAGCUUCGACACCAAACCCGCGUGUGAAUAACCUAAGGAGGUGUAAAGCAGGGUGCGGAUCUUGCUUAUGUUCAGACUUCAGAUACAACCUGCUUCAUGGGCGAUGUAAAUUCUCUGGCCUUGCUGAGCCACUGCCUGGGCAAAAUGGUAGCUUGCGAGGUGGAAACAGGUAAAUGACAUCUGUACCAUUGGAAGAUUUGAGCGACCUGGUGUAUCCAACUGUUAAUGUAUUAGGGCGCCCUAUGUAUUAUUGUUGGGAUGUUUGGCUGCUAAGUAUCACAGCCUUAUGGAUAAUGGACGUUGUGAUCAUCUUGCUUGCCUGCUCAUUUUGAACCUUUGCUAUCCAGGGUUGCGCAGAUCAUCGCUUGCUUC